UUAGCAGUGUCUGAAGGAACUGCAGGGGAAGAUGGGUGAGUCCUGGACGGGGGAGCGUCCACCCAGCCCAACGGAAUGUCUGCAGUGGUUUAACCCACGGAACCCCAGCACUGUCAGGCCUGUCGCCACAGGAAACCAGGAGCUUCUGGACUUCCUGAAAGCUCUGCUCCAGUACCUUAGGACCGAGGAGGAGGGGCGAGAGGACGUGACCCUCCAGCUGCUCCACAACAUCUCCUCCCAGUGUGGCGUGUCCUUCCCCAACACCACCCCCUCGCCCACCCCCCAGCAGCCCGGCCCCUCGGCACACACCUCAGUCCACACGGUCAGGGACGACAGUGCUCUGGAGAGCCAUGAGGUGUGGGACGGGGUAAGGCUCCGGCUGCGGCGCCACCUGCUGGACAGACUUUCCCGUCCCCUCCCCGUCCCUCAGCGCAUCUACUGUCUGCAGCAGCUGUUCUUCCUCUACCCAGAGUGGGAGGUGCUGACGCACUACCAGGGCCUGAGGAGCCAGGCUGUCCUGUCUCUGCUCCACUCUGCCCUGGCCUCCAGCCCCGGUGGGAAGGAGACGGGCUUCGACAGGCUGGCCCUGGGGCUCCGUGCUGCCGCCCCGGCCCUGUGCUCGGCCCUCAGGGAGGAGCUCCAGGUCCUCAAUGGGGUGGCCAAGCCCCACACCAUUCUGGGUUUCCUGAAUGCUGCCUACCUGAACACUGUGUCCCAGGAGCUGGGCGCCAUGAUGGAGAGAGAGUGUGAGAACGCCCUAAAGGACAACACUACGCCGAGCGGCGGCAAGGGGAGGAAAAGCUCGGCCAGGACCAAGGCGACUGUAGCGCCUCUGGAGCUGCCCCCCAGGAGAGGCAGGAACUUCAGCCUAACAUCUCACCAGCUGAGGGUCCUGACCCAGCUAGCCUGCACUCUGCUGGGCCUGGAGAGCCAAGUGGACGGGCUGGCCACUCAACUGGCAUUCAUCAACUGUGCUGGGGAGACUCCCUGCAGUGUGAGAGGAAUAUUGAAAAAGACCAAAGACGACUUGGAUAUGACCACUGUGGAUGGUAGCAAGACCACGGCAGAGACGCUCUUCCAGAGUCCGGAGGCCAUUGUUCUGGAGUUUGAUUGGAGGGCUGCGUUCAGGAAGCUGGUGCCCCAUAUGGCUCACUGUGUCAAGGUGGUCCUGGAGGAUGUGUGCACCAAGAGUCUGCAGCAGGAGGAGCUGUCACACACAUCUGGCUCCGCCCACAUGGUCCUGACUAACACACCCCACAGAGAUGACUCCUCCUUCACCUGCCCAGAGAGGGACCGCCCCAAGAUGGUCGCCAAGUUCUGUGGCGACAUCAUGGGGGAGUGUGAUGCCCUCCUGCCCCUGGCGGAGGCGUGUGGAGAUGCCGCCCUCCUGGAGGUGCGCUGUAGCUUCGUGGAGGUGUGUGCCUGGGUCACGUCUGCCAUCCUGGGCCGUGUGGAGGAACGGGCAGGGGAGGUGCCCUCUGCCGCCCCCUUGAAGAACCUGAUUGCUCUGCUGGGCACCAGUAUGUACAUCCACCAACGGCUGUGUCACUACGAGGCCCAACUCAGAGAGACUAACACCACCGCAGCCAGAGUCACCAUGACACUGCUGCCCAUCCAGAGGUACCAGGAUGUGACGGAGCGCCUGAGAGAGCAGCUGGCCAGCUACUGUGUCCAGGUGUGCACCAGCACUAUCCUGCAAGACGCAGAGAGCCACCACUGGGCUGACCCCAAACCCUUCUACGAGUGUCUAACCCCUUCUCCCCCCCCCCCCCCCCCCCGGUGUGACAUCACGGUGGUGCUGCUGUGUGUGGAGCAGCUCAUGUGGAGUGUGUGUGAGCGGCCCGAGGCGCUGGCGCAGUCAGAGCCGUCGGUGGCGGGCUGCGUCUGGGUCGCCUCAAUCCACAGCCUGUGUGACCAGCUCCUGACCACGCUGGUCAUCGUGACCGCACCCCUGCCUCAGCUCUACUGGACUUUCCAGUACAGACCUGGAGAGGGCUCUGCGCCAGCUCUGGCACAUUCCCCAGGCAGCCCUGGCAUACACUGGCUCAGUGCCAUCCACCCUGGCCUGUUCACCCAGCAGGCAGCACGGGAGGGCCUGGCGGGCGAAGCGGCCUCCGAGUGCCAGCUGAGGCUGCUGACCUCUGACCCAAGAUGCAGUCCCAGAUUGCUGCUGACCGCCAUCCUGCACAGAGACUGUCACCUGCUGCGAGUCCUCCUGGAACACUCCCAUUUCUGCAUGGAGGAGGAGGCAGAUGCUGAUGCUGUGUCUCCUGUGAAGAGCGAUGCUGGAGAUGAGUUUAUGGAGGCUAUGUACAACGUGCUCAGCUCUCUGAACAAUUUCCCCAAAGCCCUGACUCUGGCCCUGGAGACUUACUUUGACAGAGGACACUUAUGGGACUAUCUAUACAGCCUGGCAGAUUCAGUGCGGCCUGUCCCCGUGGUGAUCAGCUUUAUCCGGGGAGUGGUCAACCAGCCUGUCCACUGCCUUCUGGGCCAUCUGGUCACCAUGGUACUGGCUUGGCAGGCCUCUGAGGAGCCCUGUUCCCCCCUGCUCAGACGGGACGUCCCAGACAACAUCCUCACUAAAGUCCCCAAGGAGUGGAGCUAUAGCAUUCAGACACCCAAGGGGAGGGAAUCAGCUAAGAGUGUGGUGAAUCUGGUCCUCCAGGCUCUCUCCUUCAUCUACACUAACCUGCCCUCGGCCGUGGCUUCCCUCCCCCUGCCAGUACGCUUCCUCUUCCACACCGCAGAGAAACACCUUUCCCAGCAUGCUCGGCAGCUGCGCUCCACAGGCCUUCUCCUCUGGGCCCUCCUUAGCUGUCUCUGCCAGUGCCUGGAGGACCCCAACUCACUGGAGCUGCUGUGCGGCUUGCCUUUGGACCGGGGAGCCAAGGAGAGACUGGCCCUGCUGUCAGAGUGCCUCCAGGGGACCAUGGGCCAGGGCCAGCAGAAGGGUGUGCCCAAGCCCACUGUGCACAAGGUACUGCAGGCUCUGGAGGAGAGGAAGCCCAAGUGGUGCUCCAUGCAGCUGCAGAAGGCCCGCAAGCUCUGCUCCGAGAGUGCGUUUGAGUGGGGCGAGAGUGGUGUUACACAGGAGGGGGGCGGCGGUGUGGCUGAGGCGACUGAGCAGAAAAUAGGGCUGAUACUCCUGGAGAUUUGCCACAAACCAGGUGGCUCCGAGUACCUGAGGCAAAUCUAUCAUAUCAUCCAAGUCAACGAGCCACUGUUGAGGUCCAAGCUGUGUGUGUCCAGUGACCCCCCAAUUGACUCUCCUCAGACAGUGACCUUUGACCUGGGAACAGACCGCCCUGGUCACCCCUCACCCCGGUUCAACCCCCUCCACCAGUUUGACCACAUCGGCAGCAACAAGUUUGACCAGGCAGCCGAGGGAGACUGGGCCUGGGACUGGGCCACACUGCUGCCAACUUACCAAGGGAUGAGUCAGGUGACCUUGAGAGCACUACUGGCCAACAGGUGGGAGAUGCAGGAUGGUGCAGUUCUGGAAGAUGAAGAGAAGCCUCUGGUGGAGGAGCUGCAGAAAGCCUACUUCAACCAGAGCCCUGGAUCCCAAGGCCCCCCCGGAGUCACCCAGGCAGCCCAGGAUGAACAGCAUGCAGCAGCAAACAUCAUCAAUUAAAUCUGCUGCACUCCUUCCUCCAAAAGCCCUUUGUGUUAAACGAGAAACAUUGUAACGUCUGUGCAGUACAGCGAAGGGAGAAGCUGUGUGUGUGUGUGUGCGUGUGUGUGUGUGUGUGUGUGUGUGUGCGUGUGUGUGUGUGUG